GAAGAAGAUUAGUGAAUAAUUAAUUUCGAAGUUAUUAAUUUUGUUUGUUUGUUCGAAGUUUUUGCUGGUUUUCUCGAAUCAUGUCAAACUGGCGCGCCGAUCAGGACCCACCCGUGGCACCUGCAGAUUUCCUCGAGCUCUUAUAUGAAGAUGAGGUCGAACUAUCUGGUGAAGAGGGUGAAUCCGAUGGAUCAGAGAUGAUUGAAACGGAUCUGGAAGACGAGGGUGAAGAUAGCGAUAGAGACAUCUCACUGGUCGAGGCUCCACUACACUCUGUCACGUCCCCGGAGCGCCGCGAGAGGCUGUCGCGAAUGAACGACCCAACGACGCCUCCACGACGAGCGGUGUCCCGAGAGAGGUCACGAUCGCCAUUGUCGUUUUCGUCAGAAUCUGCUACUAUCACGGUGCCAGCAGAGGGCCUGGUUCUGCUGUUCGAUGAGUUUGGUACACCGCUCGACGAACAGACGCCGGGCGACGAGUUUUUUGCCCCGGAUACCCACCCGUUGUAUGUAAUAGGUGAGCGUGGAAGAGAUGAACGCAAUAGAAGAGGAACGACUGGGAGAAGGGGUGGUAGAAGGGGAGUCAGGGGUGUGCGAGGACAGAGUGCACGCGGGGGUGAGUAUCCGAACCGGGGCCAUAGAGGAGGACGGCGGUGGCAGACGGGACAGCCACUGCGUGAAAUAUGGCUCCACGAUGACGACGUUCCUCCCGAAUUGUUAAGUUUGGCGAUGGAUGUAUUGAGGAGACGACAGAUGAGAUUGCAAGGUGAUGCCGUGGUCGAUAGUACUGAACGAGGAAGGGUCGCUAGUGAGAGCGAAGAUGAGGAUGAAUUUGUCGACGCCAGUGAUGGUGCCGAUGCUCUCUAUAGUCUGGAACGCCAGAACUUUGACUUUGAAUGGUAUCCUAUGGAUACCUUUGAAGGUCAAGAACACAAUUUUCAGCCAAAUCGUACUGGUUCGGUUCGGUAUUUCGAUUCAGCCUAUGACGCAUUUCGUUCCUAUUGGAGCGAUGAGGUCUUAGGUUUAAUAGUGGCCGAAACGAACCUUUAUGCUUCGAAAAUUUCUUCUGCUUCAUUCCAGGCUGAUUGGUUCCCCACAAAUUUGCACGAAAUUUUAUGCCUCUUUUCGUUCUGGAUGAUGUUGGGGAUCGUCAGAUUGCCAACUGCUACUAGUUGUUUUUCUGUCGAUCCUCUCUUGAAAACGGAAGUUUUCAGACGCAUCUUUACAAGAAGAAGGUAUGAAAUGUUAAGUAGAGCGUUACAUUUUGUAGAUUCCGACCCCGUUAUGGAUAACAAAAAUCCCUCCAACACUGGCGCCAGAAGCUUGGACCGAUUACGCCGUUUGAGACCAAUAUUAACACAUUUAAAUUCAGCUUUUAAAUCAAAUUAUAUUUUAAGUAAAGACAUUUGUAUAGAUGAAAGCCUUACACUUUGGAAAGGCAGAUUGAAAUUCAAACAGUAUAUUCGGAACAAAGCUUCUAAGUUUGGGAUCAAAACGUUCGAGCUUUGUGAGAGCACCACCGGUUACCUGUGGUCGUUCAUCGUUUACACCGGUAAACAAUCUGCAACAGAUCUGGAGCAGUCGCCCGGAGUGCCUAAAAGCGCGGCUGUUGUAAAAAAGCUCAUCAGUCCCCUACUAAACAAAGGGUAUAGAUUGUUUAUGGACAAUUGGUACAAUUCACCCCUAUUAGCUAGAUUUCUGAAGCUCAAUGGUACCGACUGCGUUGGUACUUUGAGAUCUUCCCAUCGCGAUGUUCCCAUUGUAAUAAAUAAGGCUCCUCUUAAUAGGGGAGAGUACAUCGCCAGACAUUCAGGCGAUGUCACUGUUUUAUCAUGGCAAGACAAGAAACGAGUGACCAUGAUUUCCACUUGUCAUGGUUCAUCUACAGCCUUGCCUACAGUCUCUUCUAGACCAUUAUCUCGGACAGUAGCCUUUAAACCACAAGUGGUGCUGGACUACAAUAAAUACAUGGGGGGUGUAGACUUAAAAGAUCAGAUGUUGGAGCCUUAUUUAUUAGAAAGGAAACGUUGCAAAAAAUGGUACAUGAAACUUUUCAAACGCCUUCUCAAUGUAUCCAUUCUCAACUCUCGCAUUCUUGUAGAAUCAUCUACUCAUAAACAUCAUGAUCAUUUAGCUUAUCGCCUUCAACUUGUAGAUACCAUCCUUUCAAAACAUCUAUCACAUUGUCCGCAAACCCGUAGAUAUACUGCGUCUAGCAGUAGAUCUACGCACCUUCAACCUAAUAGAUUUGUCCACUCCACACAUUGGCCUGUCUCAUUGGGAUCCAGGAAGCGCUGUUUUGUUUGCCUGAAAAAUGGCAAAAAAAACAUAAGAACCUCCUAUUGUUGCGAAUCCUGUCGCGUGCCACUGUGUGUAGAGGAUUGCUUUAAAGCUUAUCAUACAUCACCUGCACCAUAAUACCAAUUAUUCAUAAACAACUACGGCGGGAAAAAUCGGGGUAAGAAACUUGCACAAUUUAGGUAACCAACUCGGCGAGAACCGGCGUAAGAAACUCACAUUCGCAUAUUGUGAUUGCUAAGUCACAUUCGUAUGACUGGUAUUGUAUGAAAACAGAGUGGAAGGUUAGUGUGAUUGUGUAUUUUUUAG